UAUAUAUCAGAUUUAUGACAUUUCUUUUGGUGGUUGUUUCAAAUUCAGAGAACUCUGCAGUAAUUAAGUUGAUCCUAUAACAUUGCGGGAAGAAAGAUGAGUGAACCUGGCAGAAAGCACUCUUCAAGGAGGGAUUUGAGAGAUGAUGCUGAAUUUGCAAGUAGUCGGAGUAGGAGCCCUGCAUGCGAUUUCAGGUGGGAUUCAGAAGUCAGUGACAGAAAAAGAAUGAGGUCUGGAGGAUCAACACGACCAUGUAGAGAUUUCGCUGUUGGAAACUGCAGAAGAGGCAGCCAUUGCCAUUUCCUUCAUGAUGAUAAUCAAAACUAUGAUGAUGGCUGGGAAAGUAGAAGCAGGCAAGACAGAGCUCUCAGAUAUUCUGCACCCCAUGAGGGUGGGGACUAUUCUCUUAGAAGUGGAAGAUCUAAUGAUGCUUGUAUUAAUUUUGCAAAAGGAUGGUGUAGAAUGGGAGCAUCAUGCAAGUAUGUACAUCAUCACGACAAUGGGUUUCGUGAAAUUUCCAUUGCAGAAUCAACUAGAGAAAGGGAAAUUGAUAGGAGGCACAUGGAGAGUUCUUAUGAGUGGGAUGGUGCGCAUCGUCCAAAUCACAGUGGGGAUAUUCCUUGCAAAUUUUUUGCUUUUGGCAAUUGUCGAAACGGUAAAAAUUGCAGGUUUUCUCAUGAUAGUCAAGCAUUUCAGAGGCCUAACAGAAGUUUAAGGGAUGAUAGAACGAGUUAUUAUGGUGAACAUGAGGCAUUGGAUAUACAAAAAUUGAAUGAUUCGAUUAGUCCGAAUGGAAGGCUAAGGGAUGACAGAUGUGGUUUCAAAAGCAACAUGGCUGAUGUAGAUGAAGCUUGGGAUGGUCCAGAAAAGAAUGACUUAGGUGCUGUCGUUGAUACAGAAAACCUGGUUGAGGACAACACAAACAGAAUUUCAGGUGCCACAAAGCCUAGUUUCACUCAUCGGCCAAUGAAUGAUGUAUUGGACUGCCGUUUAGAUAAGGGCAGAGUGCAUGCUCAAUCACCGUUUCCGAGUGUGAAGAACGAUACCAACUAUUGGGAGACACAAAAGGCUGGAGACAACAUGCGCAGUACCCAGUCAAUAAAUACAGUGAUUUGGCCAGGUGAUGAAAAAAUGUCUCCCGAUUGGAAGUUUGGUGUGGGAUCUUUCUGCGGAACUGAAGAGAAGCAUGAGCAGAAUAAACAAGAAGUUACUCCAGGACAAAGAUUUAAUCAGAAUGCUCAGAAUCUAAAUGCUUCAAGCUGUCAGGUUGUUGGUCAAAGUCAAAUGCCAGUUUCCGUUGCUGCUUCAAGAGUGGGAAUUGUAGAAGGUAUGCAGAACCAGGAAAUCAAUGUGGAGAAAAAGUAUACUGCUGAGCCAAACAUCAUGGAGGCGAUUCUAUCACAAAUUAGUUCAAGAGAUCCUUUAUCUCAGAACAUGGUUAGCAAAGAACGGCUUGCUCAACUAACCAGCAUCUCAGCCACUCUGGCACAUAUCAUUGGUUCAGCUAAGCAGCUUCCACAACUUAAUGCUACUUCAAAUUCUCAUGAUGCAAGGGAUACUCCUUUACUAGGCAAAUCUGAAGGGUCUUAUUCUAAUAAUAAGCCAGUUUUUACGUUCGCCAAGUCGGAUCCUGCCAUUGGAUCACAGAAGCAGUAUGAUCCAAUUUGUGACAGUAUUGAAACUAAGGAUGCUCAUGCAAAUGGUGUCCCGCCAUACUUUUCCCCAAUUGUAAAAGUUAUAAAUGAAGUGGAAGAAAUUCCAGCACCAUCAUCUAAGUCGACAAGACAAAAUCUUGAUUAUUCUCGUAAAACUGCCUUUCCAGAAGGACCACUUGUUAAGUGUGACCACUCUAUUCAGUUGCAGCAGCAAGGUGAAAAUAUUGAGAUUAAUAAGGAGAAAGAUGUAGUGAUAGCUGAGGAAAAGCAAAGUUUACAGUGUGCUAAAGAAAUCACAAAAGAGAAUAUUCCUAUGGAAAACAUGGAUCAAACUGGUGGAACUGAUGAAGCCAAGAAAACAAAGGAUGAUAAAGGGGUUCGUGCAUUUAAAUAUUCAUUGGUGGAGUUUGUUAAGGAGCUGCUAAAACCAACAUGGAAAGAAGGUCAAAUCACCAAAGAAGAUUAUAAAUCAAUUGUGAAGAAAGUUGCUGAUAAAGUAGUUGGCACGGUGCAGCGGGCACAUAUUCCUCAAACACAAGAGAAAAUUGACCACUACCUAUCAUUGUCAAAACCAAAGCUUAACAAACUUCUACAGGCAUAUGUAGAAAAGGCACAGAAGGCAUAGGCAUGUGUAGAAAUUUGGCUGUGUAAUUUGUUGACUAUGUUUAUAUAUUGCUUCAUUUUUCUUUUUCCCUUUAUUUUUUUGGGUACCCUUUUAGAUCAGUUGAUAAUAUAAUGGAGUAGUAGCCCUUGCAGCUCGUGUACAUACAAACUCGGCAAAAACGACUGAUGCUAUUAUACAUUAGCUUAUAAGUUAUAACUUGCUUACAACCCUAAUACUUGUAGGGGUUCAUUUUAUUUGUUAUAUUACUUAUAUACUGUGUUUACUUCA